AUGUCCAAAGAAAUAGUCCUCAUCACUGGAUCUACUGGGCAUAUCGGUUUCAGAACCCUCAUUCUCCUUCUGGAAGCCGGCCAUAAAGUCCGCGCCGCCCUUCGCUCGCAAGCCAAAGCCAAUGAGAUCCUUCAAACAAAGUCUAUUCAAGCUCUGAAACCCAGUUCCAACCUCAACUUCGUCAUCGUCCCCGAUCUCACCGUAGAUGGAGCCUACACAGAUGUCAUUCGAGGUGUAACUUACAUCUUGCACCUGGCAUCUCCCAUGCCGCCUGCCUCUGACGAGCCUUCUGACUACGAAGAAACGUUGAUCAAGCCUGCUGUUGCAGGUACAGUCAACAUCCUCAAAGCCGCAACCCUGGAGCCCGGAAUCAAGAAAGUGGUCAUUACCUCAUCCGCCGCUGCACUUUUCGACGCAAAGUAUCUCUUCGAAAAAGAUACCCCACUUGGAACAGUCUGGAAUGAGAAAUCCCGAACACCGAUUCCGACAGGACCAUUUCCAUCUCCUUUCCACGCCUACGAUGCUGGCAAGAUCGCGGCUCUAGCUGCUGCAGAUGAAUAUGCUGCAGAUCCAAAGACCAAGUUCGAUAUCCUGACCAUCUUGCCCUCGUUUGUGCUUGGCAAGAAUGAGCUGGUUACCAAAGCUUCUGAUCUGGCCUCGGGAAGCAACGGUCCAGUCAUGGGACUUGUCCUCGGAAACACGUCAGAUAUCUCGCUCGUCAGUAGCACUGUCCAUGUCGAUGAUGUGGCCUUCAUGCAUAUCAAGGCUUUCGAUCCCGUUGUGCCUGCAGGGACGUACGUGACCAACUCGGAGGGGUAUUCGGGUACUUUGUGGCAGAAUGCGGCUCGGAUCGUUGCUGAGGCAUUUCCUGAUGCAGUUAUGAAAGGCUUAUUGAAGGUUGACGGAGUCCAACCAAGUCUGAGCACCAGACUUGACGGUUCUGCUUCAGAGAAGGCGAUGGGAUUCAAGUUCCAGAGGUUUGAUGAGCAAGUGAAGAGCGUAGUCGGACAGUACCUUGAGCUUCUGGGAUGA